UUUCGGCAGAGACCCCGGAAGCAGCGAUCUCUGGUUUUGUUUUUGGCUGAGGCUCUGACUCCGGCCUUAGGAUGGGUUGCGAUGGAGGAACAAUCCCCAAGAGGCACGAGCUGGUGAAGGGGCCGAAGAAGGUCGAGAAGGUUGACAAAGAUGCUGAGCUGGUGGCCCAGUGGAACUACUGUACUCUAAGUCAGGAAAUCCUGAGGCGCCCAAUCGUUGCCUGUGAACUUGGCAGACUGUAUAACAAAGAUGCUGUCAUCGAGUUCCUGUUGGACAAAUCUGCUGAAAAGGCUCUGGGGAAGGCAGCAUCACACAUUCGAAGCAUCAAGAAUGUGACAGAACUCAGGCUUUCUGACAACCCUGCCUGGGAAGGGGAUAAAGGAAACACCAAGGGUGACAAACAUGAUGACCUCCAGCGAGCACGGUUCAUCUGCCCUGUGGUGGGCUUGGAGAUGAAUGGCCGGCACAGGUUUUGCUUCCUUCGAUGCUGCGGCUGUGUGUUUUCUGAACGUGCAUUGAAAGAGAUAAAAGCUGAAGUUUGCCACACGUGUGGGGCUGCCUUCCAGGAGGAUGACAUCAUUGUGCUCAAUGGCACCAAGGAGGACGUGGAGUUGCUGAAGAAGAGGAUGGAGGAGAGGCGGAUGCGGGCCAAGCUGGAGAAGAGAACAAAGAAACCGAAGACAGCUGAGUGUGUCUCCAAGGCAGGUGUUGCAGACGACUCCGCAGGACCAUCCAAAGUGAGGGCUGGCAAGCCUGAAGAGGCCGACCCCGAUCAUAGAGAGAAGAAAAGCAACUUGGCUUCCAGGGACACAGCAACUAACGGAAAAGCUGGGAAAGCCCCAUGCGGGGCCCUGAAGAGGUCCAUCGCGAACAGUGACGAAUCCGAAACCUACAAGUCCAUCUUCACAAGCCACAGCUCUGCCAAGCGCUCCAAGGAGGAGUCUGCCCACUGGGUCACCCACACAUCCUACUGCUUCUAAAGCAGGACCACAGCCCCUCCCCGCAGGGCUCCUCCCCUGUGGCCCGUGCCACGCUGCCUGAUGUUAUAAAGCUGUCCUCUCCAAUCUUUGACCUGUGUGGUCACUCGCCACGAGGUGUGUGGGUCCCAGGGAGGGCGAGGAGCCUUGCAGUGUAACCACAGCCUCCUUACAGGCUGUACCUCUUGCUUAGCCUGGCGACUCUGCUUAUUACAUUGAAGUCGGCUCGUUUUCUAGAAUUGUAAUUGGUCAAGGAAGUAAUGACACUGAGUUUAGCUUAGGACAGACUUCCAGCUGUCAGUCCUUGCUCCUGGUGGCUUCUGAUAGGAGGACAUCAAAGAAGAAUCCAGACAGCUGACUGAGUAGUACAUAAUAAAGCCCUUUCCUCUCGUCUCCUUUCUCCUCUCUCUUCCUCUUCUGUCUUGGUAAGAAAAUGACAGCCAUCAGAGUGACAGGGGCAGACAGGAAUGACACCUUUUCUACCUUCACAGUUGUAGCUGGAGCCUCUAUGAGGCUGCUCACAGGAGCAUGACAGAGCUGCUCCUGCGCUGGGCAGAUGGCUCACUCAGUAGAUAAGCACUUGCCACGCACACUUGGGAACUAAAGUUUGGAUCCCCAGAACCUUAAGCAGGUGAGCACCAUGGCCUGUGGUCCCAGCCCUUGUAUGGCAGAGAUGGGCCCACAGGCAAGGUGCCCACAGGCUCAGGGUUCGGGGGAGAGCCUGUCUCGGUAACCAGAAUGCAAUGCAGCUAAAAUGCCCAGUGUCAGCCUUGGGUUCCCCCUGUAUGCUGUAUGGCUGCAGGCGUGCAAACUACAGAAACACCAAAGCCCCUACUCCCAAACCAAGCGUGCUGGCAUUCUAAUGGAAACCCUCAGGCUGGGGCAGGAAGGUCACUGAGAUGUCAAAGCUGGCCUAGGUUACUUAGCAAGAUCUUGCCUUAGGAAACAACCCAAAGACUAGCACCUACCUGCCCUCUGGCCCGGAAGACACUUGAGGUUUAUUCUGGGACAGUGUUAGGAGGGUGUAAAUGUGGGCAAACAGGAUAGGCUGUGAAAUGGAUGUUGUCAAAGAGAACCUGGGAGGUGUGACCUUCAUACUUAGAAACUAAACUAAAGAUUGUAGAAAUACUUGGGAGGUUUUGGAUUUUGUUUUUGAGAGAGGGCCUCACCUUAGAUCUGAGCUGACUGACCUCACACUGAAGGUCUUCCUGGCUCAGCCUCCCAAGUGCUGGAUUAUAGCAUAUAUCUAACGUGAGGUUUUCACUGAGAAUUAGCCUGGCCUGAGCAUGUGGCUCAUGAGGUAGAGCGUCUGCUGGGCACACGCAAAGCCCUGGCUUCCAUCCCCAGCACCUCAUAAUCUAGGCGUGACAGGCACCUGUCGUCCCAGCAUUUGGAAGGUGCAGGCAGGUGGAUGAGAAGUUCGAGGCUAUCCCUAGCAAGUUUUAUGGCAAGCCUGGAAUACAUGAUACCAUGUCUUAAAAAAGAAUGAAUUUUUAUUGUGUGCUUUUCCCAAACAAAGCUGAAUUAGCUGUUUCAUUUCUCUGAAUUAUUUGUAGUACAGUGAAAAACUAUCUUAGAGGGUUUUUUCCUGUUAAAUUCUCAUAACAGGGCUGGAGAGAUGGCUCGGAGAUUAAGAGCACUGGCCACUCUCCCAGUGGUCCCAAGUUCAAUUCCCAGCAACCACAUGAUAGCUCAUAACCAUCUAUGAGAUCUGGUGCCCUUUUCUGGACUUGCAGACAUACAUGCAGGCAGAACACUGUAUGCAUAAUUAAUAAA